UAAUCUGACGUGUACACCAGGCCAUGGAGCAGUCAGGGGUUGAGGGCCUCCCUACAGGGUUCCAAAGGGGCUUUCUCCAUCUGAAUGUAUCCUAGCUACAGUAUUAAGUAACACUUUCUACUUUCAAUCUAAUCACUUAUCUAAUUAUGGAUAAAUUGCGGCUAUUAUUUGAGAUAUAAGUAAAAAAACAUUUAACAACAUUGAUAUCAAGGGCAAAGCUGAAUGAUGCAUGGAUGUUUAUAUAUACACCAUACCAUAAGGUUAUAGCCCAAAAUACGCAAAUAAAUAUGGUUCUGUAUGAUUGCCUCUUGUUGCUUGUUGAAAACUAGGAUAUAGUGUAGGGUGUGGUUACUUGACAUGCAUUACUGCUCUUUCAUGCUUACUAUAGGAAGCCUCAUAUUUAAAGCGUGUCUAUUUUCAAUCUUUGUUUUUUUUUAACAAUCCCACACCCAGCACAAAAAGGCAUAAAAGCUCAUUUAACUACGGCAGUGUACGAAAUACAUUAAGGUGACCAAAACUGACCAACAUGGCUCUAGCAAACACCUUUGCUGUUUAUGAGCUGGGAGAAGAUGAAUAUUCUGAUAAUUACACAUACGUUUACGACAACAAGCCCAUGGUCUGUGAUGAUGAUGGGAUCGGCCGGCGGACGUUUCAUGCCGUUUUCAAACCCGUGCUGUACAGCCUGAUCUUCCUGCUGGGUGUAGCAGGAAAUGGCCUGAUGAUAACCAUCCUCCUGCGACGUUGGCGCCGCCUGCGCAUCACAGAGAUCUACCUGCUGCACCUGGCCCUGUCUGACCUCAUGCUCCUUCUCACAUUCCCCUUUGAUAUAGUUGAGAAUGUUGCUGGCUGGCUGUUUGGGGAGUUUCUCUGCAGGCUGAUGGGUCUGGUGCAAAUCCUAAACCUCUACUGUGGGAGUUUCCUUCUGGCUUGCAUUGGCUUUGAUCGCUAUUUGGCCAUUGUUCAUGCUAUUCCCAGCAUGCAAAGUCGACGUCCGAGAACAGUGCACCUGACAUGCUUUUCAUUGUGGCUGCUCUGUUUGGGAUUAUCGAUACCCAAUGCUGCUUUUCUUUCUGUGGGGGGAAACAACACAAACACACCUAUACUCUUCUGUUCCUAUCAUCUUCACCUCAUCCAUGCCAACAACUGGGUUUUGACUAAAAGAGUGUUAGAUCAUGUUUGCUUUUUCCUUCCUCUCGCUGUCAUGAGCUAUUGUUACACAGCAGUGGUAGUUACUUUGUGCAACAGUCAGAAAAGCAACGCAAAGCAAGGAGCAAUUCGACUGGCUUUACUCGUCACGCUCGUCUUUUUCUUCUGUUGGCUACCAUACAAUAUCACCUUACUGAUCACAACUUUGGGCGACCUGGAGGUUAUCGAGUAUGACAACUGUACUUCUUAUGACCUAGUUCAGCCAGCGCUUGAUGUGACAAAAAGCAUCGGCCUCUCACACUGUUGCCUGAACCCGUUCUUGUAUGCCUUUGUUGGGGUGCGGUUUCGCAAUGAGCUGAUAAAGUUACUGUGUCAGAUGGGCUGCAGCUGGGUUUGUCUUCCUUUCAUGAAAGCUCAGGGUCACAGCCGACCAUCCAUUUCUGAUGGAGGAUUAACUAGCAGCAACAUCCUCAUCUAAUCAACUCUGUGUCAGCUGUUACUAAAACAACUUCUGUUCUGCAGAAUUUCAUUUGUCAUUAUGUAAAAUAUCAUCACAUGUUCUGACAAUAUAGUACCCACUUUGUUUGUAAUAAAAAUGUUUGUUUUACUCUGUCAAAAAGAAAAAGGUUAUUGUUGUCCAGGAUUGGUUUUAACUUUUACUUUAGCUACUGAUAUUUCCAUUGAAUAAAAAUGUCAUAU